AAGGUGUUUUGUUACUACAGUAGUUUUGCUCAAACUCGAGCUGGAAUCGGCAAGUUUCUACCAGAAGAUAUCGACCCCUUCCUGUGUACACAUGUUAUAUAUGCUUUUGUUGAUAUUUCACCCAAUGGUCGAGAUCUGCUCAAGUUUAACUGGAAUGACGACGGACCUAAUGGUUUAUACGAUAGAACAAUAUCAUUAAAAAGUAAAAACCCUCAGUUGAAAGUUUUACUGGCUGUAGGUGGGUGGCAGAUUGGCUCUAAACCUUUUAUACCCAUGAUUUCUAACGAAUCCAACAGAAAACAGUGGGUGAAAAAUGUCGUCAGAUAUCUCAGAAAAUAUAGUUUUGAUGGUUUUGAUAUGGAUUGGGAAUUCCCCGCUACGAGAGGGAGUUCCCCUCAAGAUAAAUAUAGAUUUACUCUCUUAAUGAAGGAAUUGUACGAGGCCUUCGCACGUGAAGCUGAAGAAAGUAACAACGAGAAGUUAUUGUUGACCCUGGCGACAGCUUCCGGUACAUAUUAUAUAAACCAAUCAUAUGAGCCAGAAAAAAUUAUCAAUUUGAGAAAUCAUAUGUCGAUUCUAAGAGACAGUAUCACUUUAACAUAUAGAUUAUUGUAUGCUCAGUUAUAUCAGGGUAUAUUCAUUAUAGAUUAUUGGUUAAAUGUGGGAAUACCCAAACAUAAACUAAUUGUUGGGAUACCAACUUACGGCAUGAGUUUUACACUCGCCAACCCAAACGAACAUGGUGUGUUCGCACCUGCAACCGGAGGAGGUCGAAUGGGAAAGUAUACCAGCGAGGGAGGAAUAUUGUCGUAUUAUGAGAUUUGUGAGAAUAUAAACCGACACGGUUGGAAGACGGAGUGGAUAGACGAUCAGGGUGUACCUUACGUGUACGGCGGAGAUCAGUGGGCAGGCUUCGAGAACAUGGAGAGUGUCAAACUAAAGGCAGAAAAUAUCAACAAGCGCGAUCUGGCCGGUGCGUUCGUCUGGUCCGUAGAAAUGGAUGAUUUUGGUGGAACUUGUGGACGAGGCGAAUAUCCUCUCCUCUCUACUAUAGUAAAAGUUUUA